GCUGGUGAGAUGUAACCCAGCGGCCGCAACACUGUCCUGGCAGGGGCUCUCCUGUCGUCUCUUCUCUCCUGCACAUCGGCACUCGUGAUCCCCCGGCUCGGGCUGGUCCUGCAGCCCAGUGAGAAUGCUGGAUGCAGCGUCCAGGCCUGUGGCUGUCAGACCUGGCUGUGGGGAGAUAGGGCUCCUGGAGCAGACCCGAGGUCCCUGCCGGGGUCAGGGCUCAGUGGUGCGGCAGAGCGCGUGCCAGCGCCUCACCAGCUCCUUGGGUUUGCUAAGCAUCUCGUUCCAGUGCUCCAGCUCUUUGCCUCGGGUGUACAUGUAGGGGCCCACCACCACCCGGCCCAACUCGCGGCUCCCUGCGGGGCGGCGGGGCGGGAGAACACUGUCAUUCUCUGGAGCCCAGAAGCCACAUGACCUCAGCCAUCCCCAGUGCCUUCCCUCUCUCUCUCUCACUCUCCCCUCGAAGGAAGUAGCCAGCCCCCUCCCUCUUUAACAGCCUUCAAAGAGGUCUUGACUUUGAUCUGGAGUGGUAGCUGGCAGGGGAAGGGAGCCCAGGUGGAGAGCCUGCCUUUCCGUUGGGGCACCCACUCUGCCCCCACCCUCCCGGUGGGCCGUCAAACCUGCCUCACAUCAAAGAGCUGAGGGAGGAAGGGGCCCCUCCAGAAGGAAGCCGUCUUCCAUCAGCCUACUUGUAUAUUCAGGGGGAGUAUCCAACAAUGAUUUUCACCUACCAACUACCACAGUGGAGAAGGGGCUUAAGCUCUGGCCCAUGAGACCAGCUGGCCCGACAGCUCUGCCUCAGUGGCAGUGGACACUGGGGUGGGGGGCAGUAUGGGAGAGCAGCCUGGGAUAACUCCACCCUCUCAUCCACACUGAACCUUACCCAGGACCCUCAAGCCUUGUACAGAAGGCGUGAGGCAACACAAGAGCCCAUAAAGACCCACGGCACCAGGUCAUUGGGCUGGUGGCACGUAGCUGUGCCAUCUCCCAACCUCUCUGGUGAUUUGCUCCAGGAGGCGGUAGCAGAGGCCAUCCUUUAACCUCUUUCUAGGGUGCUAUGGACAAUCAAGCCGGAGUAAAGCUGGGUGUGAAUCGCAGCUCUCUCACUAGCAAGCUCCGUGUUCUUGGGCAAUUAUCUCAGCCUCUCUGAGCGCUAGUUUCCUUAGCGGAGAACAGAAACCAUACUGCUCCCUCCAAAGGGUCCGUGCUUCCUGAAGGCACAGCAGCUCCUCCUCUGCCCAUUGCCCCCACGGCCUGAGGUUAAGGGAGCAGCCUUACUGUCCCCUUUGGCCCUCUGCAGCACUGUCAGGCUGAGGCUCGCCGUGUCCAGCUCGGCAGGGUCGGCCUCGAAGCUGAAGGUCUCGCUGUACACAGGGUUGGCGGAGCCCAGCACAGCCGAAGUCUUCUUGCACUUGACAAACUUGUUGUGGUUCAUCAGAGACACCUUGACAAGCACACCUGGGGGGCAGUGCAGACCGCGGGCUAGGAGGGGCGAGCAGGGGCCCAACCUCCAGCCUGUGGGAGGUCCGGCUGGGAGGGCACAUGCCCCGCCUGGGCGCCAGGACCCCAUUACUCACAGCUGCUGCAGCCAAAGGGCGUUACAAGAGGAAACGGGGUUGAUUACGGGGUUGAUUAGUGUACUGCCUGCAGCCGAGGAAACGCUCGGCUCCCUUCCUCUUCUCUCCUCUCUGUCUCCUGAACGCACCCACGGCUGGGCUGGCCUUUGUUCCUGGAACCUGGCACCACACUCCCAUCCCUCCCCACAGGGGGCAGGUCCUGCCUGCUGGGUGCUCGGGCCUCCUGGGGCCCCUAAACACCUUCUCCUUCAGAGGCCAAGUUUUUUUGGGGGCGGCUUAGAUGGGUUUUGGAUCCGCAGUGGAGGGUUGAAUGCCAGCUUGCUUAUAGUGGGCCAGAGGCAGAGACGCAUGGGGGCAGACACUGUGCAGCUGGGGGGUUGACAGUGGGGCGGGACAUGAGGGGUGAGCCCAAGCAGGGCUCCUGUGUCCCCAGCUCCCAGGCUCCAGUUGAGUGACCAGCUCUGCACGCAGGGGUGCCCCCGCCACCCCCAGCUCCCGGGGCAGGGGGGCUCAGGGCCUCUUCCUGGAGGAACUGGAACCUUCGCAGAAGGGCAGGGGCGGAGUCAGGCAGCGCAGCAAGGAGCCAAGACACCGCUUUGCGAAAAGGGAGGGGCAAACUUGGUCUCAGGUGUCUUAGGGGUCUUGAUGGAGGCCAAGGAGAUGCAGCCCUGGGAUUCACAUAAGGAAGCAGCUUCUCACGCCACAGCCGUGCAGAGCGGGAGGGCGUGGCUCGGGAGGCGUGGCUCGGGAGGCAGUGAUGCUCCUGGCAGCAUAUGCGAGCAGGAGCUGGACGGCGGGGGUGAGGGUCCUAAGCUCACGGGGUGGGCCCUGCCCCAGGGCGAAGGCUUACUGACAAAGCUCGUGUCAUCCUGGAGGAGUUGGAGGCCCUUGGCUCGCAGCACGAUCACCGUGAGGCGGUUCAGGCAGUCGUUGUAGCUGAGGCAGAACUGGAGGUCGCCAAACUUGGAGGGAGGCUGGAGAGGCCGAGAGGAAAGCACCCCUGUCACCCUGGUAGGUACUGGAGGCCCCCAUGCCCUCCUCCUUCCUCCCAGCAGGCAGGCCCUGGGUACUCCGUGACAUAGCCACACACUCUCCUGGAAGCCCACCCACCAUUUUACAGAUGGGGAAACUGAGGUCUGGGGAGUUGAAGGGGCACGCUGAAGAUCACACAGUAGUAAGGACCAGAGCUGAGGAUUCAAACCCAGGUCUGGGGUAUUCCAAGGCCUAUUCUGAGCCACCCGGACCCUCACUGGGGGUUGGGGGAAGGGUAGGUAGUUUCCUUGGCUGGUCCGUUUGGGGUGUCAUCUUUCACAGCUGUCUGAUCUGGAUAGGAAUCGAAAUGUGGAUUUUUCAGGAUGCUCCAGGUAAUCUGACCUCCAGGGCAAAAGAGGCUCAGGCACCCCUCCCUGCCCAGGCCCCACACACCCUCCUUGUCCCACGCAGCUCCGGCCCAGGCCCACCAUGCUGAGUCAUGCUUGUAGGGGUGGUGGGCAGUAUAAUGAGGGCUGACACUGGCCAGCAGGUGCUGGGCCACACCUGCUGGCUGUCCACGGUAGUCUGACACAUGGUGGCAUAUGUCUGGUGACCCUGACCUUUACCUCCAGGCUCUCAGCCUCCAGGUCUCUCCAGAUGAGCCGACAGUCGCCCGCCAGGGUCUCCGUCUUCAGGGGGAACAGCACCUGGCCCAGGAGCUGGUGCUUCCUCUGCCUGUCCACGUGGUACACCGAGAACCUCAGCACCCUCUGGGUGAUACUCUUGCUGGGCACCUGAGGGAGAUGAGGGCCCAGCUGGGCUCAGGUGUGGAGUCAGGGGAUGGGAUGGCGUGGUAUGUUCUGGAUACAGGAUCCUUCCAUGAGGGGUGUGUCAACCAGGGACCUGUGCACCCCAAACCCAGGCAUCCUCAGGGGACCCUUUGCUGCCGUUGGGCCAGUAUCCCGGGGAGGUGGCAGGGUGUGCCAGAGCCUUGCCACGCUGAGUGUGCUCCAAGGACCAGCAGUACACACCACCCCCUGGACCUCAGAAGUGCAGGACCUUAGGCUCCACCCAGACCCAUGAAGCAGAAUCUACAUUUAACAGGGCAUCCAAUGAUUUGCCUACACAUAAAAGUGUAAGAGGCUCCCGCACUGGAGCCCAGGGAACCCGCCUGUCUCUGCUACCUGAGUUGGGCACCUGAACAGCCCUCUCCCUGAGACUCAGUCUCCUCACCUGUAAAACGGGAUAAUGUUUCUUACUCUCUGGGUUAUAAAACCACGAAUGGCAGAUGGUUAAUUAAUAGUGAUUUUCUUUUCUUCUUCUCCUUCCCCUUCCCCCCGUAAAGCACAGAGAGGCCAGGAGCAAGUCGGUGCAGGGACAGGGCAGGGAAGUGAUGGGUGUAACUACGCAAGCGUGACGUGCGGCUGAUCCAAGCCUCCCCACCUUGGAUCUGGAUGUCCUAAGAGGAGCAGGUUCACCUGUGAAUUCUCACAGCCUCGGCACCAGCAGGACAGCCAGGGGCUGGGCCGUGUGCCACCCCUCUUCUCAGUGCUCAGCCCCGGAAGAAGGCAGGAAUCACACUCUUCCCAGAUGCAGACUGGCCUCUCCUUACCUUGCCAACCAGCCUGCUGCCCUGCUCUUAAAAAUGUUUGUCCGGGGCCUCUCGGCAGCUCUUGGCUGCUGGCUUCCCGUAAGGGCCCCAGUCACCUGCUGAGGCUCCCAGGCCGCCGUGAGCUUGGCUCAGUGCCCCGGCAGCCUCAGCACCUCCAGACCCUGAGCUCAUCCGCCCACCAUGCUGCCAAGGCACCACCUGUCGCAAGAUGGCUCUCAGGUCCUGCUCUGGCUUCUGACGGGACGGAUGCUCUGCAGACUGAGGCCCAGCUCCGACCCCUGCUCCCGGGAGCUUUCGCGGAUUUCAGGACCGAGUCUCCACGCCCUGUCCGGCCCCGGCGCUGCGGUCUGAUGGCGGGGGAGCGCAGGGCAGCGCCCAGGUUUACAGCCAUGAGGCUUUCGGGAUCUUAGUUCCGCGACCAGGGAUCCAACACGUGUCACCUGCAGUGGAAGCGAGGAGUCCUAACCACCCCUGUCACUAUUUCUAUAGUGAUUACUGUCAGACUGCAGGGGCUACGCCAAUGGAGGCUGGUGAACGCAACCUUGACGGAGAGGCUGGAGUAAAGGCCCUCCUUGUCCGCAGCCUGCUCUCACCCAGCGUGCAACCCCGUAGAGGAUGAGCACUCUCCCAGGGCCCGCAGGGCGUCCCUGCAGAGAGCUCUUGUGGGAGCGUCUUAGACUUCGAAGCAUCUGCAGCCAUGAGAUCCAGCCGCCCUGAGCGGGGUGCCCAGGAACCCCUCAGUCCCUGCCCUCAGCCCCUGUCCUGGAGCUCCUCCAGCCUGCUGGGCGCAGGCCGGGGGCAGAGCGCCAGCAGCACCGUAUGGCAGGCCCAGCCGGGCGAGGCCAGCACGGGUGCCCAGGUCCCGGAGGAGGACGGGCACCAGGCUGAGAGUGAGGGGCGGGCACGUGCCUCCAGCCCCCGGCCACAGCCCGGGGCCGUGGGUCACUGGCAGAGCAGCACUGUGGGCGGUGGUGAGCUGUGCUGCCUACGGGACCCCAGCACCGCCGCUGUGCAGAGAAGCCACUCGGACCUGGUCUGCAGCACCCAGAUCUGGGGCCACAGCAGUGCCCGGAAGGCCAGCCUCAGCUGCUCGGCCCUGGGCAGCUCGCCUGUCCAUAGAGCUCAGCUGCAGCCCAGCAGCACUUCUGGCCGGGGUGGCCAAGCCCCUGCAGGCCUGGAAAGGGACCUGGCUCUGGAGGAUGAGACUUCAAACUCAGCCUGGACACUGGACGAGAGUCAGGUGUGGGUGCCGCCACCUGACCUGGGGGGCACAAUGACCCACAGCAGCAGCCUCAAAGCCACUGGGCAGUCGACCACCACCUCCUGCCACGCUCUGCCCCCAGCAGCGCUACUCUGUGGUGUGAGGGAGGUGGGGGCCAGCAGCUGCGGCCAUGGCCUGCCUGCCCCAGGGAUCCUGGCCUUUCCUAAACUAGCGGCAUCACUGAGUGAAUCUGGGCUGCAGGCUCAGCACGGGGUGAAAUUCCAGUGUAGGUUGUCUUCGGGGCUUCCUGGGCAUUCCCACUGCUGUGCGUACCCUUGGGGUCCCACCGGGUUAGCUAUGGAGGCUGGCGCCAGGACCAAGGAUAUGUGGACCAUGACCUCAGCAAGUGACUUGGCCCCCAUCUUGGCAUCACCUCUGUCAGCCCAGGAUGCUGGUGUGCAAGCGGCCCCCAAGGCAGUCUGCAAAGCUGUGGCCACCAGCCCGCCUCUGGAGGCCCCUGUGGCCCUGCACACAUUCUCGGAGGUAACUCUGGGGUCCAGCCUGGAGGAGGUGCCAUCCCCUGUGCGGGACGUGCGAUGGGAUGCUGAGGGCAUGACAUGGGAGGUGUAUGGAGCUGCAGUGGACCCUGAGGUACUCGGCCUGGCCAUCCAGAAGCACCUGGAGAUGCAGUUUGAGCAGCUGCAGCGGGCCCCUGCCAGCGAGAACAGCCUGUCUGCGGAGAGCCGGAGGGGGCCACUUCGAGCUGUUAUGCAGUCCCUGCAGUGCCCCAGCUGCUGCGGCUGCUCCAGUGCAGUCGCUGAGUAAGGAGCCGCAGUCCCAGGAGCUGCCCUGGGCCCAUGGACUCAGCCCCAGGGACAGUAGGGGCCCUGUGCCCUUUGGACCCACUGGCACCCAUGGACGUGUCUCUGUUCUUGGCUGUCUGCAGACCGCAGGACUGCAGCCUGGGGGCUUCCUGCCCCCUGCAGCUGGGCUAGUUUUUAAGGGCUUGAUUUCCAAGAGCCACAUCUGCACAUCCGGCUCUGAACUCUGGUACAGUUUCAACACUGUGCAUAACGGGGAUCCUGACUUUUCUGUCAAAACCCUCGACCUUCUGUUCAGUCUCUCCUCAGAACUCUGCCAUGAUUUCCCCAGGCCUCUUGAUGGCUUUAUUUUCACAGCAGUGCUGAGAUGCAACGAAUUCCUGCCAUGAGACGUGGGGCCCCAAGUGGCAAGGACUGUCUGAGUCUUUAGGGGAGGGAACUGACAGUGUGGAGGCCUCCCGUGUGCCACAGCCUGUACUCAUCCCCUUACUCUGUGGAGUCUUUACCUCUUCACUCUGUUUUAUAGACGCAACCACAGACACUGGCAUGGCUGUAACUGCCAUGCCCUGGGUUGGACAGCUCGAGGUGGUGGGAUGAGAGCAGAGCUGAGGCUGGCUGAAGCCUGCAGUGUUUUCCUGCAGCACGUGGCUGGCAGUGCAGGGCAGUUGUGAACAAGAAGAAUUUAUUGAGCCCAUGUUCCAUGCCAGGUUCUGUGAAUUCCUUGGGAAAGAAGCUGCCCGUGCCCUUGCUGAGCUCACAGUGUGUAGGAUGGGGGGCUCUGAGCAUUACAGAGGACUGCAGGGUACUUCUAAGAGCCAGCCUCCCAGUAGGUCAUGUGUCAGCACUGGCCUCAGGAGGGAGAGAGCGGGUGGCCACCUGUCCCAAAAUAUGUUGCAGUGCCUGAAAUUGUACCAUUUUCACCUUGCUCCUUUGGCUUAAGGACUUAUUCUCAGCUGGUGCAGUUCUUCAAAGGAGGGGGGCAGGAAUGGGUGGGAAAAGGGAAGGAGCCUGGGGUGGGGUCUCCCACCUAGCGGGAAAUGGCAGGAGCUGUGAGGCCAUGGGGGUCAGGGCGCCAUGGGGGUGGGGAGCUCAGGACACUGGCACUUAGCACAGCCUGACUUCAUUGACAAAGGAGCUCUCAAGACCUGUGGAGGAUAAGGGUGAGUUUGUGUCCUUGUCCUGGGGCUUAGUGUUGGGGAUUCCAAGCUCCUGGGACAGAAUCCACCAGCACCGCCUUGUGAGGAAGCCAAAGAUUAGUGCCCUGCCUAGAGUCACCUGGCGUGGGAAGGUGGAGUCAGGGCCCACAUGCAGCCCUGCCCAUGGCCUGGCCCUGUUCCUGGGCCCCCUUCUCCUGGUGUGCAGGAGGGGACUUGACCUUACUCCCCUUUUAAAAUGUGAUCAAGCAGGUUCUCAUGCAGUCAUAAGGCUCUUGGCACCGUGCAGCCCGGGGGCCUGGGCCUGUCCAUCCCGACGCCUGUGGUUCAGGGCAAGCAUGUCAUGCUCUGGGGAGUGACAUGUGGGUACCAGUGUGCCCUCAUCUCUGGCCCUGCAUGGGGACGCCAGGAGCCCCAGCUGUGAGGACACGGGGGGAGGAGUGAUGAACUGGGGUAGGAAGGCAUCUUCACACAGGGCCAGAGCUGAGCAGGGUCUUGAUGAUAUAGCAGGGCUGGACUGGUGGGUAAGCAGGGAAGGGUAUACCAGGCAGAGAGAACGGCCUGGCCAGAAGCUUGGAGGUGGCUGUCUUGCCCAGGCUGCGGUGAAUCACUGUGGUGCAGGCUGUGUUGGGGUGUUUGUUGUGUUGGGAGGCUGGCAAGGGGGUCCUAGUUGUGAGGCUCCUGGUGUGACUGAGGAAAGGGACUUUACAGGGGCUGUGGAAGCAGGGGUGGACACAGACUUCAUUACAGCAAUGUCCCUUUGGCUGCCAUGACAGGAGAUUCGAGUGGAACAGGUGGGAGGGAGGAAUGGGACUGGGGAAUGGGAACCAAGGAGCGGCCUGUUAGGGGGAGAUGGAGAGGGCAGCUAGGGCUGGGUGUGCACACACACACACACACACACACACACACACACAGACAGCGUGUGAUGGAUUUGGGAAGGAGGAGGAAUUCCAGGAAGCUGAGGCUUCCAGUCUGAGUAAAAGGAGGUGAGGCUACCACCUGGGACAAGGAGAGGCAGGUGGAGGUUGGGGAGGGACAGGUGAAAGGCUGCACGCCACAGGGCUUGGCUGAGACCAGUGACACCCUUCAUGAAGAGACUUUCUCCUCUGUCCUAUGCAAACCGUCAUGAGUUCAUUCUCCGUUUGCCACCUCUAGGCUGCACCUGGUAUGUCAAGAUGGCAGGCUGGGCUGUGCCCUGAAUGGGGAGGGCUAGCCAGCCACCCACCUCAUCGCGACCCAGAUAAAGGUUUGCAGGGUGGCGCUGGAAUCCAGCCUGGCCUGUGUCCGAGCUGGGGGCUGUGCAUGGCUGGGGCCCCCAGAACACCCUCCUAGGUAAGCUUGCCGCCCCAGACCAGCGGAAAUGGUGUCCUUGGCCUCACUAGCCCCAGCUGCACAGCCUCUGCGGACAAGUCUCCUUGGAGCAGCUGCAGCUUAAUUUUCGAAUUCAACCUGGAGACCCAACCCUCCCACCCCCUUCCUGCUGUGGCCUUUCCCUGGCUGGGCCUAACUGGCAGUGGUUUAGGGUCCCAGGACAUGGCCACCAGCUUCAUUUACAGAUCUCCUCCUCUCAGACUCCAGAUUUCUGACCAGACUUUCUGGGACCCCUUCAGACCUGGCUCUGGAAGGUGGUAGAUUUCAUUAUGUGUAUGUCUGUUUUGUUUUGAACUUGAAAUAAAGUAACGGAGAUCACAGCUUUGUCAGGGAAGGGUCCAGUUGGUCCUGGCUGGUCUUGUUUGUUUUGUUUUGUUCUGGUAGAUUCUGUCCUUUGGAGCAUUCCUCAGAUUCCUAGAGCUCCCUGCUCAGGCAGGAAUCACCUCUUCUCCAGGGAUCUCCCUUCCGUCCACCAGCUCUCCUUCCUGGCAACCUGGGGCCCCAGUAGCUGAAGCCUGGCUCCCUGCAACUUGUCACCUGUGGGCCUGGCCGGGACACAGGGCAUGCAUCUCCUCUCCAAGUCCAAAGCUGCCAUCACCGUCACAGGGAUCACCGGCCUACCUGGGGGAAAAGCUGUUCCUGCCAGAGUGUAGGCUACUGCUGGGCUGAGGGCACAGUGUGGGGGAGGGUGCAAAAGCAGAAAAUGGCCCUGACCCACUGUGACAUCAC